CAUCACUGGUGUGUGUGGUGCAGCAAUGAGCAAGACCGCAGGCUGCUGCCAGGACUGUCUGCAUUAUGUGUUUGAUUAUGAGACACCAAAAACACUGGUUAUCCCAAGCAUACGGGUGGGAUGUGUCUUCAGGUUGACCCAGUUUCUGGUGGUACUGUAUGUGGUGGGAUAUGUGUGUGUGGUGCAGAAGGCCUACCAGGAGACAGACUCCGUCAUCAGCACCGUCACCACCAAAGUGAAAGGUUUUGCUUUCACAAACACUUCUGACAUGGACCCCCGAUUCUGGGAUGUGGCCGAUUAUGUUAUACCACCUGAGGGUGAUAAAUCAUUCUUUGUGUUAACGAAUUUGGUUGUCACCCCCCAUCAAACUCAGACCCGAUGUCCUGAGCUUCCAAACCCGUCAACUACUUGUGUGGAUGAUUGCGACUGUAUCGAGGGAUAUAGUGAUCCUCGUGGAAAUGGUGUGCUGACAGGGCUGUGUGAAAACUAUUCCACAACGGUCAAGACCUGCGAAGUGUUCUCGUGGUGCCCUCUUGAAAUAGAUACUAAGCUGCCUGAACGUGCAGUGCUAGCUGCAGCAGAGAACUUCACUGUGUUGAUUAAAAACAGCAUAAGAUACCCAAAGUUCAAUUUUCACAGAAGGAACAUACCACCACAUGUUAACUCCUCAUACUUGAAGAAGUGUGAAUUCAAUCGCACAACAGACCCUGACUGUCCCAUAUUCCGCCUCAAACACAUCAUUUCAGAGGCUGGAGAGGAAUUUCAAGAAAUGGCAGUGAAGGGUGGCAUCCUCGGAAUUAUUAUUGACUGGAGCUGUGACCUGGACUGGUGGGCAGGGAAGUGUUACCCCAAGUACAGCUUCCGCAGGCUGGAUAACAAAAAUCCUAUCAAUAAUGUGGCCCCUGGAUUCAACUUUAGGUUUGCAAAAUACUACAACACCCCAGAUGGAGAGGAAACAAGGACUUUAAUCAAAGCAUAUGGAAUCCGGUUCGACGUCAUUGUGUUUGGAACUGCAGGAAAGUUUGGAAUUGUGCCAACCAUAGUGAACUUAGGUGCAGCUUUAUCUUUCCUCAGUUUGGUUCCCAUAGUUACUGACUGGUUUAUGUUGACGUGCAUGAGAAAAAGAGAUCUUUACAGCAAACACAAAGUGACAUAUCUGAAUGAGGCCACUGACACUGAAUCAAUAUCAAUGGGCACCACCUAUGGAACCCAGUAGCACGGUAAUCAAUCCCAUCCACAUGGGAUUCCAGAGGAGUCUGAACCUGCUCUAAAACAACUGAUAAAAAGUCAUCUUCAACACUAUAUGAAUUCUUCAAUAAAACUGGUUAAAUGUGUAAACGAAA